AUGGGAGCUGUGCGGCCUGCUUUGAUAGACUUCCAAGUCAUCCCAGCAACCGAAGAUGAUUGCUUAACGCUCGCGCAAGUGGAGGCUAUCGCCUUCGAUAAUUCAAAGAAAGAGCCUCCUGGGUCCAAUACUUUCCAGAUAAUGUUUGGCUCAUACAGCGACGUAGGUAAUGAAUUCCGACGAGGCAACUUUCUCGAGAAAAUGCAGACCGACCCGACAGCCCGCUUCUGGAAAGCUGUGAUCAAGGACGAGAAUGGACAGGAAAAGAUCAUUGGCUGGGCUCGUUGGCACUAUUUCACAGAGCCUAAGAUCAUAGAGCCCUUGAAAAAGGAUAUUCCUUGGCCAGCUUCGGCGAAUCCCGAUGCUUGCAACGAAUUUAUUGGGGCCGUUGAGCUGGCGAAGAAGAAGCAUAUGGAUGGAAAGAGAUUCGGAUUUCUUCAAGUCCUUGCGACACUGCCAGAGUAUUGUGGAAAGGGUGUUGGGUCAGCUUUGAUGCGACAAGGCCUCUCAGUUGGCAAGGAGCUGGGCUUGAAUGACUAUUGGGUUGACGCAUCUGCUGAUGGUCAUGAUCUUUAUGAGAAAUUUGGAUUUGUUGAUACAGAACCUGUUCGAUUGGACGUCGAGAAAUAUGGCGGGGUCGGCACCAUUUGUAUCAUGGGAAUGAGAAAGACAGAGUGA